UAUUUUUUAGCCAUUAUUAUCGCUUGGUCAAACGACAUUUUUCGAGCUUCAUACCUUGGUCACACUGUCUGCCAGCUGAGAAAUUAUUUAUUUUCGCUAAAGUUAAAUUGUUUAAUUAAAAAUCACACAAAAUGUCCAUUGCGAAGCGUGUGCAGCAAUGGGCAACGUUCGCGCGCACUUGGCACAUUUACGAUUGCACCUGGCAGAAUCCAUUCGAGUCGGCAAAACUGGUUAAAUCGCAUUUAAUGGGCCUCCAGAAGCCCAUUUACCACCCAAUGAUCUCCACUCGCGGCUUGUGCACUUCACACAAAUUACUCCCGAUUUACCAGGUACAAAAACGCAACAUGGGUCGCUUAGGAGUCGUGGAUCCCAGUUCUUACUCGCAGCCCGAUUUGAUCACCACGGAGCACAGUGCUCUCAACUGGAAGGUCAACUUUGGAGCCACCAAAAUCCAAGGAAGCGUGCUCCAUCGCUUCAAGGUGCUGACUGCCAAUCUGGACAAGAUUCUCCUGGAUGUGCGUGACAUCAAUGUAACCAAUGCCACGCUGCUAGCCGGAGGCAGUGAGCUUCCAAUCAACUUCUUUAUCAGCGAUGCCGUCGAUGAUAUUGGCCAGAAGCUAACGCUGGAGUUGCCAUCUGGAACGGCUAAGGGGAGCCUUAACGUUCGCAUCGAUUACGAGACUUCAAGCAGCGCCAGUGGGUUGCAGUGGCUGAAUCCCACCCAGACUUUGGGCAAGGAGCAUCCCUAUAUGUUCUCCCAAUGCCAGGCGAUCCACGCUCGCUCGGUUAUUCCCUGCCAAGACACCCCAGCUGUUAAGUUUACCUACGAUGCCACAGUGGAGCAUCCCAGCGAGCUCACGGCUCUGAUGAGCGCCCUUAUCGAUAAGAAGGAACCGGGAAAGACGCUGUUCAAGCAGGAGGUGCCCAUUCCCGCUUAUCUGGUGGCCAUUGCCAUUGGAAAAUUGGUUUCCCGCCCGCUGGGCGAGAACUCCAGUGUCUGGGCUGAGGAAGCCAUCGUGGAUGCCUGCGCCGAGGAGUUUUCCGAAACAGCCACCAUGCUGAAGACUGCCUCUGAGUUGUGCGGUCCAUAUGUCUGGAAGCAGUACGAUCUUCUGGUGAUGCCUCCAUCAUUCCCCUUUGGUGGCAUGGAGAAUCCAUGCCUCACCUUCGUAACUCCCACUCUUUUGGCCGGUAAUAAGUCUCUGGCCGACGUUGUGGCUCACGAGAUCGCCCACAGCUGGACUGGAAAUCUGGUGACCAACAAGAACUUCGAGCAUUUCUGGUUGAACGAGGGCUUCACUGUGUUCGUGGAGUCCAAGAUCGUGGGAAGAAUGCAGGGCGCCAAGGAGCUGGACUUUAAAAUGCUCAGCAAUCUCACGGAUCUGCAAGAGUGCAUCCGCACUCAGCUCAACAAGACACCGGAGCUGACUAAGCUGGUGGUGGAUCUAUCCAACUGUGGACCCGACGAUGCCUUCUCUUCAGUGCCUUACAUCAAGGGCUCCACGUUCCUGCGCUACUUGGAGGACUUGUUUGGCGGACCAACCGUUUUUGAGCCUUUCCUGAGGGACUAUCUAAAAAAAUACGCCUACAAGUCGAUUGAGACGAAAGAUUUUCAGAGUGCUUUAUAUGACUACUUCAUCGACACUGACAAGAAGGAUAAGCUAAGUGCCGUCGACUGGGAUUUGUGGCUGAAAUCCGAGGGAAUGCCACCCGUCAUUCCGAACUUCGAUGAAUCCCUCGCAAAUGUGACCAAGGAAUUGGCCAGUCUCUGGAGCUCCAAGAGCGUCGCUGAAUUGGCUGACAGUGCGGAGAUCAAAAAGACCAUUUCCAUUCACCAGCUCAUUGACUUCCUGGGCAAACUGAUCGAGAGCAAGGACAUUGUCGAUUUGAACGAAAGCAAAAUUAACCUACUGGAAUCCACAUACAACUUGAAGAGUUCGAAGAACGCUGAGGUUCGCUUCCGCCUGAAUCGCUUGAUUAUCCGUGCUCGCUUAAUAAAACGUCUGGAUGAGAUCCUUGAGUUUGCCAACUCCAACUUCCGCAUGAAGUUCUGUCGCCCCAUCUACCGCGAUCUGGCUGGUUGGCCAGAGGCCAAGCCCGCUGCUAUUCGCAACUUCGCCAACGUCAAGGAUCAGAUGAUGGCCGUCUGCUCGCACACAAUCGAAAAGGACCUCGGACUGAAGUAAAUUUAAGCCUGUUGCAUGCAUUUCCAAAGAUCUAAAUUGAUCAAUAACCUUGUUGCAUUAUAAUGAUUUGAUUGUCACAUUUGAA